UCCGAUCAGUUUUUCAUUGUCAGCAAUGGCUCGUAUGAAUAGGCCUGCCCCUGUGGAGAUCACAUAUAAAAACAUGCGGUUCCUCAUCACCCACAAUCCUACCAAUGCCACCCUAAACAAAUUCAUUGAGGAACUAAAGAAAUAUUCCGUGACAACGGUCGUUCGAGUCUGUGAGGCGACGUAUGAUGCCAACUUGGUGGCCAAAGAGGGCAUUCAGGUUCUGGAUUGGCCAUUUGAUGACGGAGCUCCUCCUUCUAACCAGAUUGUUGAUGACUGGUUGAAUCUGCUGAGGAUGAAGUUUCGGGAGGAGCCCGGCUGCUGCGUCGCUGUUCACUGUGUAGCUGGCCUUGGAAGAGCUCCAGUCCUCGUUGCCCUUGCUAUGAUUGAGUGUGGAAUGAAGUAUGAAGAUGCUGUCCAGUUCAUCCGACAGAAGCGCCGUGGAGCAUUUAACAGCAAGCAGCUCUUCUACCUGGAGAAAUAUCGCCCAAAGAUGCGUCUUCGCUUCAAAGAUUCAAACGGCCAUCGCAACAACUGUUGCAUCCAGUAGAGCUUUUGUGCCGAAGCCCUGCGGGAAACGCUUAGUCCAGAUAUUUCUGUGCAUAAUUGGUGAACAUGUGAAAAUAAUGAAAAGAUUUAAAAAAAAAAAAAUAAAAUAAGUCGUAGUAUUUUUUUUUUUUUUCUUCUCUCACUUGAGUAUCCCCCUUUUGUGUUUAUUUUACAGUGUUGGCAAGGUGAGUGCUUAUUGUGUGAUCUUGAUCAAAUUUAGACAGAUGCAAAUUUUCUGCGUCUUUGAUUCCAGCCAUUUGUCAAAACUGUUACAGGAGUGCCCUCUGCC